AUGGCGCGCUGGCAGGCUUCUGUGGACAAAUUCUGCUAUCAGUAUCUGCAAUUAGAAGCCGAGCCAAGUCUGCCACCGGCCGAACUUCUCAAGUUGCCUGACGCACAAGAGACCCUCUAUGAGAGAGCAUUCGCCGACAGUCUACCAUACCUGCCACCACAACGCUAUCGGUUACGCGUGCUCAAGGCCCUGGUAGCAGCCAUUGAAAACAGCAUCGACGACUGGGAGCAGUAUGCGCUUUCUGAUAACCUCAUGUCGGCCCUGACGACGCUGCUCGCCACGCCGCUGCCAUGCGAGAUUUACGCGGCGCAGCAGAAAUGCUACGUUACCUACAAGCUGUCGCUGCUGCCGCCCGCCGUGCCACCGCCGACAUUGACACUGCUUGAGAACCGCACCCUUAUUUCCGCCGGUGGCACCACGGGCCUGCGGACGUGGGAGGCGGCGCUGCACCUAGGCCAGUUCUUGUGCGAGCGGCCGGCCCUGGUGCGCGGCAAGCGGGUGCUGGAGCUCGGCACCGGCACCGGCUACCUGUCCCUCCUGUGCGCGCGGCACCUGGGCUCCUCGCACGUCGUGGCGUCGGACGGCUCCGAUGAGGUCCUCGGUAACCUCCCGAACAACUUCUUCCUCAAUGGCCUGCAGGACGCGUCGGCGCAAAUCGCGGCCAUGAAACUCAUCUGGGGGCACGCGCUCGUCGGGGGCGAGGAGCUGCGGUGGAACGGCGGCCGUGCCGUGGACGUGGUGCUCGGCGCGGACAUUACGUACGACAACAACGUGAUACAUUCACUGGUGGCGACACUGGUGGAUAUUUUCGCGCUGUAUCCGAGCGUUGAGGUCUACAUUGCGGCGACGAAGCGCAAUCAUGCGACAUUUGAGGUGUUUCUGGAUGCGUGCCGGGCGAUUCAGCUGUCCGUAGAGGAUCUACAUUAUAGCGUGACCCCGCGAGAGGAGCAAACUGGUCCAUUUUACAAUGAUCAGGUGGAAAUCCAGGCGUAUAAGAUAAAUAAUGUAGCAUGA